AUGUCUGCAUCUGCUGCUGGUAAUUCUGGUGAUGGCGAAACUUUCGCUUUUCAAGCCGAGAUCGCUCAGUUGAUGUCUUUGAUCAUCAACACUUUCUACAGUAACAAGGAGAUCUUCCUUCGUGAACUUGUGUCCAACUCUUCGGAUGCUCUCGACAAAAUCCGUUACCAAGCUCUAACGGAGCCAUCGGAGCUCGAUUCGGGCAAGGAGCUCUUCAUCAAGAUCGUCCCCAACAAGGCCGACAAGACGCUCACCAUCAUCGACACUGGAAUCGGAAUGACAAAGGCUGAUCUUGUGAACAACCUCGGAACCAUCGCCAAGUCUGGAACCAAAUCUUUCAUGGAGGCUCUUCAGGCUGGAGCUGACAUUUCGAUGAUUGGCCAGUUCGGAGUCGGAUUCUACUCUGCUUUCCUGGUUGCGGAUAAGGUAGUUGUGACCUCGAAGAACAACGACGACGAUUGCCACAUGUGGGAGUCAUCGGCCGGAGGUAGCUUCCUCGUCACUGCCGUCAACGACCCAGAAGUGCCUCGUGGUACCAAGAUUGUUCUCUACAUCAAGGAGGACCAGGCCGAGUAUCUCGAGGAGCGCCGCAUCAAAGAAAUCAUCAAGAAGCACUCGCAGUUCAUCGGCUAUCCAAUCAAGUUGCUCGUGGAGAAAGAACGUGAGAAAGAAGUGGAGGACGAAGAAGCGGAGGAAAAGCCCGAAGAGGCAUCUGAGGAAGGAAAGGUCGAGGAUGUCGGCGAAGAUGAGGAUGCGGACAAGAAGGACAAGAAAAAGAAGAAGAUCAAGGAAAAGUACUUCGAAGACGAGGAGCUCAACAAGACGAAACCUAUCUGGACUCGCAACCCCGAUGACAUCUCAAACGAGGAGUACGGGGAAUUCUACAAGAGCUUGAGCAAUGAUUGGGAGGAUCAUUUAGCCGUCAAACACUUCAGUGUUGAGGGUCAACUUGAGUUCCGCGCUCUUCUCUUCGUGCCUCAACGUGCUCCAUUUGAUCUCUUCGAGAACAAGAAAUCGAAGAACUCGAUCAAGCUUUACGUGCGCCGUGUCUUCAUCAUGGAAAACUGUGAGGAGCUGAUGCCUGAGUACCUUAACUUUGUGAAAGGAGUCGUCGAUUCCGAAGACCUGCCUCUUAACAUUUCACGUGAGAUGUUGCAACAGUCGAAGAUUCUGAAGGUCAUCCGGAAGAACCUUGUCAAGAAAUGUGUCGAGCUCUUCGAUGAGAUUGCCGAAGACAAAGACAAUUUCAAGAAGUUCUACGAGCAUUUUGGCAAGAACAUCAAGCUCGGAAUCCAUGAAGACUCCACCAAUCGCAAGAAGCUGUCUGAAUAUCUUCGUUAUGCAACAUCCUCAUCGGAAGAAACCACUUCGCUCAAAGACUAUGUCUCAAGGAUGAAGGAAAACCAGACUCAGAUUUUCUACAUCACUGGCGAGUCGAAGGAAAGCGUUGCCAACUCAGCUUUUGUGGAGCGUGUCCGUUCCCGUGGCUUCGAAAUCCUCUACAUGACUGAUCCCAUCGACGAAUAUUGCGUCCAACAACUCAAGGAGUACGAUGGAAAGAAGCUUGUCUCCGUGACCAAGGAAGGCCUUGAGCUGCCCGAGUCGGACGAAGACAAAAAGAAGUUUGAGGAGAACAAGGUGAAGUUCGAAGGACUUUGCAAGUACAUCAAGGACGUGCUCGAAAAGAAAGUCGAGAAAGUCUCCAUCUCGAACCGUCUCAUCAAUUCACCUUGCUGCGUGGUCACCUCGGAGUACGGAUGGUCUGCCAAUAUGGAGCGGAUCAUGAAAGCUCAGGCUCUUCGUGAUUCAGCAACGAUGGGUUACAUGGCAGGCAAGAAGCACCUCGAGAUCAAUCCCGAACAUCCAAUCAUUGUGAAUCUUUGUGAUCGGGUCGAGGCUGACAAGAGCAACACAAGCAUGAAGACUUCGAAGGAUCUAAUUGUCCUUCUCUACGAAACCGCGCUGCUUUCUUCUGGCUUCACUCUUGAGGAGCCCGGUCUCCAUGCCACUCGCAUCUAUCGCAUGAUCAAGCUUGGUCUCGACAUCGGGGAUGAUGAUGAGGACGCAACCACUGCUGAAACUCCUUCCACUUCUGAGGUUCCAAAGGUCGAGGGUGCUGACGAGGAGAAGAGCCGAAUGGAGGAAGUCGAU